GGCGGGCCGCUGGGCGGGGUGGCGAGCCGGCGGCAUGGAGAAGCGAGGCCGAGGCGCGAAGCCGGCGCCCGCCCCGGCGCCUCAGCCGCAGCCGCCGCAGCCUCGGAGGGAGAGGAGGCCCAGCAUGUUCGAGAAGGAGUCCUAUGCACAACUUUUAAGAGAAAGACUGAGAGAAUCAUUUCAUGAUGUUCAGUAUGUAGAGCCUCCAUUUGAUGAGUCAAUUGCUGAUAUAGGUAAAGAAUGGAAGAGUGCUCUGGCAAAAUUAAAGUUUGCUAAUACAUAUAGAAUGGAGCCAUUGAAAAAAUUCCAAGCUCACUCAGUGGAAACUAAAGUCCAGCAGAUAUUAGAGGAAAGUCUUAAAGAUGUCAAAUAUGAUGAUAAAGUCUUCUCUCAUUUAUCACUUGAAUUAGCAGACCGCAUAUUGUCAGCAGUGAAAGAAUUUGGGUACCACCGUUACAAGUUCAUUAUAAAAGUAUUAUUUAUUCAAAAGACUGGUCAGGCAAUAAAUAUUGCCAGCAGAUGGAUCUGGGACGUGACAUGGGACAGCUGGGUUGCUGCGAAACACGAAACGGAAACGUACGUGGCCUUGGCCCUGGUGUUUGCUCUUUAUUGUCACCCGCCCCGGGCUUCAUCCUGUAGCCUUCGCCACCAUCAGUGAUGUGGGAAACAAAGGCAGAAAGAAACGGAGACGGAACUAAAUUUCCUCAGAACCUGUGGCCCAAUGACAGCGACCCCUCCAGGAGCCCCCGGGGCUAACGCUUUGCUGGAGGGAAAACCCACCUGAGCCGGACAGCAGCAGGGCCUCAGGCAUCUCAGGAAUCCUCUUCGCACAUGAAAGCCCUUCUGGAGGCCUCCCUUUUGCCUUCCCCUCCCUAAACUCCCAAGUGUGUCAGCAUCGCUCCUCAGGACCCCAGCGCGGCUCUUGCUGCCCACGGGUCCUUCCCUGCUUUAAUAAAACCACCGUGUGGCACCA